GGCAGCAGGGCUAUCGGUAAUGUAAGCACUAUAAAGAUGACGGACCCGAACGCGUCUCCUGAAGACCACUGGAGACAGACGGACAGUGCCUUCAGCGACGGUGGCUUUGACCCCAGUUUCUUCCCUGAAACAGCCAGAAAGGUUACCGGGGUGUCCAGGGCCAACAGCAUUGGCUCGACAAGUGCCUCUUCAGUACCAAACACAGAUGAUGAAGAUAGUGACUACAGACAUGAGCCGUCAUAUAAGGACUCGUAUAAAGAUCGACGGAGACACGCGCACUCCCAGGCUGAGCAGAAGCGUAGGGACGCUAUCAAGAAAGGUUAUGAUGACCUCCAGGCAAUAGUUCCAACCUGUCAGCAGCAGUCUGACUUUGCAGUGGGAGCACAGAAAAUCAGCAAAGCAACCGUCCUGCAGAAAACAAUUGACUACAUCCAUUUUCUUCAUAAAGAAAAAAAGAAGCAAGAGGAGGAAGUUGCUGUAUUAAGAAAAGAAGUGAUGGCGUUGAAGAUCAUGAAGACGAACUACGAGCACAUAGUGACGGCCCAUCAGAACCACCCACAGCAGGGAGAAGAUCAGGUGUCGGACCAGGUCAAGUUCAACAUUUUUCAGAGCAUCAUGGAUUCUCUGUUCGUGUCUUUCAACAACUGUGUGUCGGUGAACAGCUUCCAGGAGCUCUCCGCCUGUGUUUUCAGCUGGAUCGAGGAGCACUGCAAGCCACAGACGCUGAGGGAGUUUGUGGUCGGAGUGCUCCGGCAGCUCAGCGGUCAGCUGUAUUGAUCGAGUGAAACCUCUGGACUCAGCUCCCAGUUCGUGGGACUUGUUCCGGCCUCUCAGGGUGGACACUGCUAUCAGCCUCGGGGCCACAGCACAGCAUUUACACUCACUUCGGCUCAUCUGUGACUGCCUGGCUGCAUUUGAAUUACCUCAACACCCACUGUGGGCACAGAUGGAAAAGCUGCAUCGGGUUGUUUGAGAUAACAUUCUGAAAGUGUACAUACACAGAGAGCCUCGGCCUCAUCCGCCUCAGCUGACGAUUCGUUUUUCUUACUGUGGUUUUGCUACGAAACGCAUGAGGAAACAGAGCUCAGGGGUCAAAACAAAUGUAAGUCUGCAAACGAAUGUGUCGUGUUGAAUGCAUUAACUCUUCAGUAUAGUUUUUUGCAGUUGCUGCCUGAGUAAACCUCCCUCUGUGUCCCAACAAGCACAAGUUUGUAGUUUCAUGCUGAACCAAAGGGCUCCUCUCAGCCACACCACUCCUGAACCACAGCAGGCAAUGGAGAAUACUCCACCACUACUGUUCUACUGCAGGGUGACCGUCACCUCUCCUAACCGAGUUCUCAGGCCGUUUUCAGAUUUCUAGCUUUAGUGACACAGACUGUGAAGUUUUUAUCGAAGCGCCUGUGACGAGCCGACAGAGAUGCUGAGAUGGCAUGUGUGGCCGGCGUUCCAGUUUGACUCAGGAUCAGGACAACUGGUGAUUUGUGGUCUUAUUUCCAGAUUUUGUCGGACGCAGACUCGUCAUUUUCACAAAGCGCCUGUGUCAAAGUGCGGUGAUAUAGUGACGGCCUCGUUGAAAUAGAAAUCAAGCCAAAAAAACCUCACAAGUUAAUGGAAUGUGUACGUGUCAACAUCACGUUGAAACAAUAAUCAUGGGUAAAAAAAAAUAAACAAAGUGUUAAAAACUUAAACGGGAUUGGAAACGACAUGGCGAUGUGUAUUAUUCAUAACUCCCUGUGCCUUCUAUGAACAAGGAGCAUCAGUUUGUGAAGCCUGUUAUUAAGUAUGCAGCGCUUCACCAUGUUGUUCUGUGAAUAUGACGAAUCUGCAAUCAACCAGCAACCUCUGGAAUACGGCCAACAAAUCACCAGUUGCCAUGAUCCCCAGUUAAACUGGUUUGUAAUGAGGCAGCAUUCAGGUCUGAACUGUAUAUCAUUUUUUAUAUUCAGUCUAUGGACUUUGACGAUACUUGCGUUACACAGCACAUUGUGAACAGAUCCUGUUCAUUGACACGCAGUUAUCCAAUUGCAGUUGUACAUGUUUUGUUUUAUUCUGAAGAGGAUUUUUAAUUACAAAGUGUUGAUUUUACAGUUUUCAUCCUGAAUCAAAAGAAAGUUCUGUUGUUUUCACACAAACAUUUUAAAUGCUGUUUAUUUUCAGUGACAGUGGCUUUUGUGCUGAGUAACAGUAGAAAUUAUGUGAUAGCAUUUGUCUGUGAUUAGAAAAGCUUUUAUAUUUUACUAUUCAGGACUGUUAACACAAUUCACAGGUUCCAGGAGAGAUCCUGAACAGUCCAAAGCAGAGAUCUACAGACAAUCUGCAACGAAUGGAAACAGUUGAUUUCUAAGAUAACAAAUCAGAUUUUUACACAGUUUUGUUUCUGUAGCUACUUUUCUGUUGUUUCUUUAUUCAAAGUGAAACAGAUUUCUGGUGGUUUUCUUUCAGUAGUUUUACAAAAGCCAUUUACACUCACAUGUGACUUCAUGAGGUUUGCCUUUGGAAUCAAUCAUGAUUCAAUACACCAGCUCUGCCUUUGCUUACAAUAAUAAAGUAAUUGUGAUGAUA